AUGGACACGACCACAUUGCCCCCUGGCACCCAGCGGAUCGAGGACGCGGAUGGGACGCAAGUCGUGCUCGCGCCUCAGCCGAGUUCUGAUCCCAACCAGCCCUUGAACUGGAGCCCAUGGCGCAAAACUCUCCACAUGACACUCCUCUCGCUCUACGCGAUGAUGGUGUUUGCAAUCCUCUGCGUCAGCGUCCCAUUGUGGCAGGACUUCAACGAGGAGCUCGGAAUCAGUUACGACAUGCUCAACAACGGCUACGCGACUAAUAUGGCUACCUUAGCUGUUGGUUGCAUUAUUUUCAUCCCCAUCGCCCUCCGCAUUGGACGCCGACCUAUAUAUAUCGCCACCGCCUUGAUCAUGUUUGCCACGGCUGUAUGGCAGGCUAAAAUGCAAACAGUUGGGGAUAUGGUUGGUACCAAUGCCGUCAUGGGUCUUGCAGGGGCCGUCAAUGAGGCGCUCUUCCAGGUCACGGUUUCAGAUCUCUUCUUUGUUCAUCAAAGAGGCACGAUGAACGGUAUCUACCUAGUCACGGUCAUGAUCGGGAACUACCUAGGCCCAGUCGCCGCUGGCUAUGUCGCCAUUUCAAUGGGUUGGCGCUGGGUGUUUUGGCUGUGCAGUAUCUUCAUGGGGGUACUCUCCGUCCUGAUGAUCUUCUUCCUGGAAGAAUCCAAGUACAUCGCACCUCCACUAACGGGUUUUGAGGUUGGAAUGGGCCAAGACGACCACCUCACCAAAGUUAGCAGCAUUAACAAGCAGCCGUUGAACCAAUCCAACAGCGAUGAUGCAGAUACAGUACCCAUCCAGUCACGGAGGUUGGUCGACAUUGAUACCACGAUUCCCAUGAAGACCUACUGGGAGAGGCACACUCUUUGGUCGGUAGACAGUCAGGCGGUUGAACGGCUCUCUAUGUGGAAGCAGAUAUACCAGCCUUUCCAGCUCCUUGUCUCAUUCCCAGGCGUCGCGUUUGCGGCCCUGCAAUAUGGCUUUGCCAUAGCCAUGCUGGCCAUCCUUGCUGUUACACAGUCGGCACUCUACGCAGCUCCUCCUUACAAUUUCAGCACCGCAGGUAUUGGAAAUAUGAACCUACCACCAGCCAUCGGCUCGUUGCUCGGUUCGCUCUUUGGCGGGCCGCUUGUCGACUAUCUCAUUGUCCAGAUCGCCAAGAGAAGAGGCGGUAUUUACGAACCGGAAACUCGCUUGUGGUUGUUCCUUGUCCCGGGAUUAUCCAUGACCAUUGGAUGUCUCAUGUACGGUCUGACUAUUGCCAAGGGGAUGCCUUGGAUUAUCAACGCAGUGGGUGCCGGUUUCAUCGGCUUCGCCAUUGGCGGUACUGGCGAUAUGGCCCUGACAUAUGUUCAAGACUCGUACCAGCUGAUUCUCGGAAAUGCCUUGACGGGUGUCGUGUUCGUCCGCAACAUCAUUGCGACGGCGCUUGUCUUCGCCGUGACGCCGUGGAUGACAAACAUGGGUGUAUACAAUAUGUUUGUUCUACUCGGUUGCAUCGCUGCGGCUGUCGCGUUGACAUGCAUACCACUGAUUAUCUGGGGUCGUGAUUAUCGCGUCAAGUAUGCGGACAGGUAUGCUCAUUAUGCCGCUUUGCAAUACUAGUCAGCCAUCAUCUCGUCUCGGCAGAGACCACCGUGUAAAUUAGACGGAAGAGCAAGGGGUUGGACUAGUGAAGGCGGAGGGAAAUUUAUUAUUCCAUUCAAAACUAAG